AAGGCCAUCGCCUCUUUUUGUGCAUUAAUUCCACUGCUUGCAUUUUGCCUCUUCAAUUCCUUGAAGCCUUUAAUGGCGUCUUUGAAGUCGUCAUCUUCUGUACCACCUAGAAGAUGGAAAAAUGACGUGUUCCUAAGCUUUAGAGGUGAAGACACUCGCAACAACUUUGUAGAUCAUCUUUAUUCGGCUCUACUUCAAAAAGGAAUACGUGCCUUCAAAGACGACGAGGAACUCGACAAAGGGAAACCAAUCUCUACGGAGCUGCUGAAAGCCAUUGAAGAAUCAAGGUUUUCUGUGGUUGUUAUCUCUAAAACUUAUGCGGACUCCUCAUGGUGUUUGGAUGAGCUUGUCAAAAUCAUGGAAUGUCAAGUUCAUAUGGGACAGAUGGUGUUACCCGUGUUCUACCAUGUAGAUCCAUCCAAUGUGCGUGGACAGAAAAGAGACUUUGAUACUGCCUUUCAGCAACACGAGGACAAGUUUAAGGGAGAGAUGGAGAAAGUGAAUAAGUGGAGGAAAGCUUUAGCGCAAGCUGCUAAUUUAUCUGGCUGGCAUGUCUCGGAAACAGGCAAUGGGGGAGAAUCUGCCAUAAUCACGGAGAUUGUGGAACAAAUCUUAGAAGGUACACAACCUAGUGGUAUGGAGAAAGAUUUGAUCGGUAUCAAGUCUCGUCUAGAUGAAUCAUAUCCAUUAUUGGACAUGGAAGCAACAGAAGAGGUGCGUAUGGUAGGGAUAUUGGGAAUGGGAGGAAUCGGUAAGACAACUAUUGCCCAAGCUUUAUUUCGAAAAAUUGCUUGUAAUUUUGAGGGUAGUAGCUUUGUUCAAGAUGUGAGAAAAAAUAGUUCUAGUAAAGAAGAUAAAUGCGCUUUACAACAGAAGAUUAUAGGAGAAAUACUAGGUUCAUGGAAAAUUUUGACAUCCAAGUUGUCUCGUGUGGAUCCCGUGUAUGGAGCCGAGAUGAUACAGAGAAGAUUUUGCAAUAAAAAGGUUCUACUUGUUCUUGAUGAUGUGGAUGAUAUUGAGCAAUUAGAGUUCCUAGCUGCAACACGUGAGUGGUUUGGUUCUGGAAGUAGAAUCAUCAUAACCACUAGAGACGAGCAUUUGCUAUCAGAUACUGAUGCCAUCUAUAAACCUGAUGUUUUACUGAUGAAUGAAGCUGUUGAGCUCUUCAGUAGGCAUGCUUUUGGGAAAAGUGGUCCUUUGGAUGGGUAUGAGGAGUUGUCAUAUCGUGCAAUACACUACGCUAGUUGUCUUCCUCUAGCCCUGAAAGUUUUAGGAUCAUUCUUCCGUGGAAGACAAGUAGGUGUAUGGGAAAAUGCUUUAAAUAGACUUGGAAAAACAUCAGAUGAUAAAAUUCUUGAAACGUUAAAGUUGAGUUUUGAUGGGCUAAAUGGUUCUGAGAAACAAAUAUUCCUAGACAUUGCAUGUUUCUUCAAGGGCAAAGAUGAAGAACAUGUAACUAGAGUACUCGAUACCUUUGGUUUUCACCCAGUAAUAGGGAUUAGUAUUCUUAUUGAAAAAUCUCUUAUAACUGUUUCAAAUAAAAAGUUACAUAUGCAUGACCUCAUACAGGAAAUGGGUUGGGAAAUAGUUCGUGAGAGCUUUCCAAAUAGCAGCUGCAGGCUAUUUCAACUUGAACAUAUACAUGAUUUCAUCAAGGGAAACAAGAGUCCAAAAUCGAUUGAAGCCAUAAUGUUGAUGGACAAUGAAUAUCAUACUGUUGACUAUGAUGCAAAGUUGUGUUUAAGUGCUGAUGUUUUUGCAAGCAUGAAAAAGCUUCGACUACUUGAUAUUGACAGGAAUUUCACUUCUACCCAACCUACAUUUCUCCCUGAUGAGUUGCGAUGGCUUUGUUGGAAUGAGUACCCGUUCUUGAUUCUUCCACUAGCAGAUAUGUGUAAGCUUGUUGGGCUGGAAAUGGCCAAAGGAGACAUCAAACAUUUAUGGAAGGGGCGAAAGAUUCUUCCGCACUUGAAAUUCAUUCACCUUAAAAGCUUGUACAACCUCAGAUCUCUUCCAGAUGUGUCUGGGGCCCCAAAUAUAGAGAGGUUAAUUUUGUCAGAUUGUGAUAGUUUGGAGGAGGUUCACGAGUCUCUUGGAUCUCAUAGAGGACUUGUUUACUUGGAUAUGAAUGGUUGCAGUGAGCUCAGCCGCCUCCCAUCCAGAAUUGAGAUGGAAUCCUUGGAGACUCUAAUUCUCUCUGGAUGCGAGAGUCUUGAAAGGUUUCCAGAAGUCUCCCCAUGUAUGGUAAAAUUAUCACACAUAAAUCUUCAUUCUUGUUCUCAAAUAAAAGAUUUACCCUCAUCAAUUCGAUAUCUGACUAACCUAAGCUACUUGAAUCUCACAAACUGUAACAAUCUUAAGGACAUACCAGAUUCUAUUUGUGAGUUGAAGUAUCUUAAGUGUCUUCAUCUUCACAACUGUGUCAAACUAAAAGAUUUUCCAGAGAAGCUGCAAAACAUGCAAAUGCUAGAAGAACUUUGGUUAGGAUUUGAGCGUGAUCACAUAAUUGGAAGGCCACUGAAGAGUGUUGGUUUUCAUAGUUUCACAAAUUUGUUAUCCUUGAGAAAAUUAGAUCUCAGUUGGAGAGAAAUUGAAGAGGAAAGCUUCCCCAAUAAUCUUGAUGUGUUGUCCUCUUUGGAAGAAUUAUUUUUAAGUGGCAACUCUAAGCUAGUCCAGUUACCUGCAAGUAUCUUCCAUCUUUCUCGUCUUAAACGCCUAGAGUUGAAUGAGUGUCGCCAACUUCGAAGGUUGUGUGUGCUUCCAUCUAGCAUACAAUUAUUGAAGGCAAAUCAUUGUAUAUCAUUGGAAAAGAUCGGAGAUAUAUCAAAAGAGGGCGAAUGGUUGUAUAAGAUAUGGCUAAUUCAAUGCAAAAAACUUCUAGAGGAUGAAGAGAGUCUAAGAUGCCUUGAUAAGAUGUUGCAACUGUCUUUCAUUAAGAAAUGUGCUGCAGUAAAUCAUCGGUUAAGUAUCAAUGUUCCUGGUAGCAAGAUUCCAAGCUGGUUCAUUGAAGAAAAGCAUGGGUGCAGAGUAACAUUAAAGUUACCUCACAAAUGGGACGCCCAUGUCAUGGGUUUCGUGUUAUGUGGUGUGUUUCAUGGGAAUCAGUGGUCGGAAGCCACUGUUCCUCGCAUUGUCUUCAGAAUUGUAAGAGAUGGAAAGGGGAUUCCUAUGUCCGAGGUUAACUGUAUGAAGAAUGCAAACAAAACAUACGAGAAUGGGAAUAUGUGGAUAAGCUAUAUUCCGAUGGGUUUCUUUCAGCAGAUGUAUCACGAUCUUCAACCUGAAGAUUGGUCUCAUAUUGAAGGUAAUCUUCACAUGACUGUAAUGUUAUCGAAUGGCAGAAGAGCUGUAAGAUGUGGGGCACAUAUUGUGUACAAGAGAGAUGUGGAAGUCCACCAACAAUUUACAACUUGCAUCUCUGAUUAUGGCUCCAUGGUGCAUGUUAGUGAUGAGGAUCUAGGAUAUGAUAACAUUAUCUCUGGAAACACUUACGUCUAUGAAGAAAAGUCUGAUGAGAAGAUGUUGAUGCCUUUAAGAAGUAGAACCUCAGCAAGGCGCAGCACGAAGAGCAUAUGUUAUAUGCAAGCGUAUCUACCAUGGCGCCCCCUGAACUUUUUACCAUGGCCAGUGAACCUAGUAUUUGAUCCUUUUGUUCCUUUUUUCCACCAAUGGUUAUUUUGCAUGAUCCGUGUCUUUCAAUAUUCACUAUAUUUUUACAAGGUGGACAACAAAUCGCAAUUUAGCAGUGGCGUUAAAUAAUAAUUCUGAAUCUUGGAAUCCUAUGGUUGAUUAUGAAAUUAAGAACCCUAAUCAACUAUUUAAUAUGGUUAGAUGCGAGAAAGAAAAGACAAAAGUAGUUUAUUGGUACUUUUGGCGUUACAAUACGGAAGUAUGCAUGAUCCGUAUCCAAUCCAUUUCUUAUAUUUUUCUAUUUUUUUUUUGUAGAUACAGAUGAAUACAUUCUAGAGCCUUCAACAAUUGUAAGUCAUUUGCCUCUCAUUUUGAAAUCUCGUGACUCUCGAAAUUAAUUGUUUUUAAUUCGUUUUUUCAUUUAUCUUUUUUGCCUUAAGUCACUAAACAAUAUUAUACUUUUCUUGGUUGUGAUUAAAAUAUAAUACAUUCACUAUUACCUUUGUUUUAGAUGAACACUGACUGUUCGAUGGAAAUCUCCGACGAGAUGUUUAUAGGUUUAUUUACUUUAUGAAAGGUUUGCCCUUUGAUAUCUUGGUUUUUUCAAAUGUCUAGAGUAAUUACCUCUAUAGUCUCAACCUAACUUGUAAAUCAGUGCAAUUCCUCUUAUCGCAUAUUUAAGAUAGAAACUGUAAUACGUGAGGAGUUUCAAUAUCAUGUAGGUUAGUUAUUCACAUCUUGUCGGUGGUGUAAUGUUGUUGAUAGUGAUGUUUGAUGAUCAAGUAGUUUUAGUUUGUAUAAUUUGAGAAAAGCAGAGGAUUCGGGAUAGCAUGCCAGACAACAUCUUGACUAACAUCUUGUUCAAGAUGUUGGACGCUAC